GAAAGUCCAGGGGUUUUUGCUGUUUUGCUUGAGACCUGAUUAUGGUUGUGGGAUUUUUUUUUUUUUUUUCUGUCAGCUGCCUGUUAUAUCAAUCACGGAGUCGGGAAUCUAUUUAUAGGUUGGGAGUACUGUGUCCUUAGUCACAAAGAGACACAGAGAGGGGACUGUCAGCUGGUGUCGGAGGAGCCAGGCAACGAGUCAUCAGCCACUGGAACACCUGAGGGUAGCCGUUCAGUUCCUCGGCAGCCCCGUCCUCUAGCCAGCCAGCCCAAUCAUGCUGCUGAAUCGGAUGUCCUCGGAAGAGCGUCACCUGGGCUCCAGCUGCGGCUCCUUCAUUAAGACGGAGCCAUCCAGCCCGUCCUCGGGCAUUGAUGCCCUCAGCCACCACAGUCCCAGCGGCUCUUCGGACGCCAGCGGUGGCUUUGGCAUGGCCCUGGGCACCCACGCCAACGGUCUGGACUCGCCACCGAUGUUCGCGGGUGCGGGUCUGGGUGGCACCCCGUGCCGCAAGAGCUACGAGGACUGUGCUAGUGGCAUCAUGGAGGACUCGGCCAUCAAGUGCGAGUACAUGCUUAAUGCCAUCCCCAAGCGCCUGUGUCUCGUGUGCGGGGACAUUGCCUCUGGCUACCACUAUGGUGUGGCGUCCUGUGAAGCGUGCAAGGCGUUCUUCAAGAGAACCAUCCAAGGGAACAUCGAGUACAGCUGCCCGGCCACCAACGAGUGUGAGAUCACCAAACGGAGACGCAAGUCCUGUCAGGCCUGCCGCUUCAUGAAAUGCCUCAAAGUGGGGAUGCUGAAGGAAGGUGUGCGCCUUGACCGAGUGCGUGGAGGCCGUCAGAAGUACAAGCGGCGGCUGGAUUCGGAGAACAGCCCCUACCUGAGCUUACAGAUCUCCCCACCUGCUAAGAAGCCGUUGACUAGGAUCGUCUCCUAUCUACUGGUGGCAGAGCCGGAGAAGCUGUAUGCCACGCCUCCCGCCGAUAUCCCUGAGGGAGACAUCAAGGCCCUGACCACUCUCUGCGACUUGGCAGAUCGGGAGCUUGUGGUCAUCAUUGGCUGGGCCAAGCACAUCCCAGGCUUCUCCAACCUGUCGCUCGGGGACCAGAUGAGCCUGCUGCAGAGUGCGUGGAUGGAGAUCCUCAUUCUGGGUAUCGUGUACCGCUCGCUGCCCUACGAUGACAAGCUGGCAUACGCAGAGGACUAUAUCAUGGAUGAGGAGCACUCCCGCCACGUGGGGCUGCUGGAGCUGUACCGAGCCAUCCUGCAGCUGGUACGCAGGUACAAGAAGCUCAAGGUUGAGAAGGAGGAGUUUGUGACGCUCAAGGCCCUGGCCCUCGCCAACUCAGAUUCCAUGUACAUUGAGGACCUGGAGGCGGUGCAGAAACUCCAGGACCUGCUGCACGAGGCGCUGCAGGACUACGAGCUGAGCCAGCGCCAUGAGGAGCCCCGGAGGACCGGCAAGCUGCUGCUGACGCUGCCCCUGCUACGGCAGACAGCAGCCAAGGCCGUGCAACACUUCUACAGCCUGAAACUGCAGGGCAAGGUGACCAUGCACAAACUCUUCCUGGAGAUGCUGGAGGCCAAGGUGUGAUGGCCCAGCACGCAGACGGAUGGACACGAUCCACGUGGAGACUUCCACAGCGACCAGCCUCGACUUUCCACACCCUCGUCGGGGCUCCGGGCUGUCCCAGAAGAAGGGGUUUCCUGCUUCCUGACUUUGUGCAGACUCCUAGGGACAGCGGAUGGGGAGACUGGGGAUGGGAGGGCGGGGGCGGGGGGCUCAUCUGUCACCCGCAUUUUCUUUGGUAUUUUUUCCUUCUCCAUGGGCAGUGCUAAGGCUUGGGCCGGGGCUGACUCCCCUUAGGGCCGGAGACCACCAGAGGAAGCACCCCUUCUUGCAAGAGGCAGCUUAUCCAUUUUCGGACCCCUCCCCAUUUAGGACCUGGAUGGACCUGGCUGGGUGGUGCUUAGUGCCCAGGACCCAAGAGACUUAGAUUGGGUGCUCCCGGAGGUGUCACUGUCAGAGGAUGGGCCCGUGGGGCAAGAGUGUCUCCAGAGACCCUGCUUGUGCAGAGGUCCGCUAAUGCCUCUCCUGAGGCUCUUCGCCUCCUCAAUCCAGCUGGCUCCCUCUGCUUCCCCUUUCCUCUUGUGCUAGCACACCCAGCCCUCGGUGGGUGCUUUUUUUUUUCUUUCUUUUCUGCUAGAGUGGCCACAUCCCUACCCCCCAACUCCCAAAAGCCCCUCCCAUGCUUCCUGCCCCUACCUCAGCCAGCAGAAGUAGUAUCUGGGAAAACUCACUGGGUCAGAAAAGAACCGGGUCCUGUGCCCCUGCCCUUCUUCCUCUUGGGCAUGUCCAGUAGAAACCCAUGGAAAGUUCAGGACCUGGCCCCAUCGGAGGGUACCCUCAGGCCAGGUCAUCAGCCCAGGUUGGGGUAUAGGAUAGAGAGGCCAAGAGUUUUUGGGGGAGAUGUAAUCACAUCUUGGCAAGGAAGGAGCUCUAAAGGCCCCUUUUGGCCCCUCCCUUAGCUCAUUCAAAGGCAAGGCUUUGUGCUACUGAGGGCAAGGGCAGCCUGAAGACAUUUGCCCUGGGGAUGUUUGAGGUAGCCCCCCCCCCCUGUCAGCUCCUCCCAAGACCCUGCAGUCUGGGUGUUGGGUAGGGUGGUCCACCAACCCCAUCCCUUUCCUCCUGAGAGGCCCUGUCUUAAUAAACCCCUCAGCCCUGGGCCUAUGAACAUGGCUUUUCUCUGUUUCCCCCAGUCCAGGGCCAAUCCCAAGCUCUCCCUGGUGUUUACGGGUUGACAGGAUAUCCUGGAAAUGAAGAGGUUCAUUCUGGAAAACAGACCUGCCAACCCACCUGAGCUGCUUUUCUGGGAAAUCUCCCAGGCUACACCUAGUCUGUCCCCCUUCCUGGAAUGCAAGGGUCCCCUCUUUCAGGUUUUCUGGCUCUGCCUCUUUGGCAAUAUCUCUAGAAGCUUCAGGGACUCCAGAUUACAGGUUGGCCAUAUCCCACAGUUAAUACUAAACUCUUCAGGAGAGCCUUUCUCUGCCCUUCUACUGACAGGGAAUUGAGCAUCUCAGAGCCACUGGGUGAGUGGGUGUCGAGGCAUCCGGGUAUCCAUGGCUCUGCCUGAGCUCUUGUCCCUGAUCCAAGGUAGAAGCCACUUUUGUAUUAAACUGGGUUAAUCCUUAGGAUUUGGCCUUGGAGAUCCUGACCUGAAGACCACCCCCAGCCACACUGUUGGGUGCCUGGAGUUGUGGGAAGAAGGUGUCACCCACAACUCCUCCUAGUUCUCAGCAUGUCUCCUGGACCUGCUGCCCACAGCUGGCUGAGUGGACACGGCUCUAGAGCAGCAGCCGUUAAGUGGGCAGCUUGGUCCCCACAGUCUACCAAUGCAAGCGCCCCAGAUGGAACCCAUUUCAUCCGAGGGAGCUGCUCACCAGCUGUCCAGAGACAGAAGCUGUUUUCAUAAACAGAGGGAAUGUUCCAGUAUCAGUGAGGUGCCCUGUGGGAGAGCUGGGUUUCCCUGGGCACCUGGAGCCAGAGGGUAGAGCCAGCUUGUUCAAAGACCAGCCCAGUGAGGCCAGGGUGCCCAGAUCAGGAAUGGGAGUCCUCCCUAUACCACCCACCUUCCCAAAUCAGAGCAAAAGCCCAGGCUACCUUCCUUUUCUGGAAACCCCCCAGAGGAGACCACCCUUUGCAGCCAUGUACUCAGAUAAAGGUCAUUUCAAACCGAGAAACAGAACAUAACCAACCUUGUAGAGGAAGAAGGUGCUGGCUGGGAUGUAUUUCACUCCCUUCUCCCCUAUCCUAGCUGGAUGUUCUGGAUGGACUUGUCAUGCCUCCUGGUGUUUUGCAUACACAAACUGAUGACUUCCCAGGGCCACAGCUUGGGGACUGAGACGCGCUCAUUCGGGGUUAGCAGGGUCAGGGCCAAUGCUAUCUGUGCCUGGCUCUCCCCUCUAGAUUUCAUGGGAGAGUUGGCAGGCGAGGAUGACAAGACUUGUAGCAAGGAGACAGAAGGGCCCAGAGUCCAAGCCCAUGGAACAGCACCAAAGAGAAGCACUAUGUGGAGAGAUUGCUUUAUUUUCUGAUAAUGAUAUCGUGGCUGGAAUGGCUUAAGAUGUAUAUAUUUUUUAACCGGCAGUCUUUCGUUGUGCCGCCUCACCUUCCUGUACGUAUUUCUUGUAUGAGUUCUCCCACGGCCCCCAUGUAAAUCACAUGCCCUGGGAUUAUCCCAGCCAGUCCCAUGUAUCUGGAAUCCAAUAAAUAAGGAAAGGUC